GUGCGUGGCUCGAGGCGAAUGGUGCUUCACAACACCGAUUGGUUUGUCAAUGACCAACCAAAUGACUAACUCGACAUAAAUACAGAAAUCAAAUCGCGAACGUGGGGACGGAGCGGAGCGGCCCGGCGGUGAGCGGCUGUGGGGGGAAAAGGAGGCCGCUGAUGUUAGAGCUUCUAACUCGGGACAAAGGAGUUAGCUUCUAUCGGUGAAGAACAUGGAGCAGUACACCUCCACGAGCAGCGGCGAGCAGAUCGUUGUACAGGCAGCAGCAAAUGGACAGAUCCAGCAGCAGACACAGGGCACAGUCACAGCUGUACAGCUGCAGACCGAAGCGCCCGUCGCUACAGCAGCCGGUCAGCAAGUGCAGACGCUCCAGGUAGUCCAAGGCCAACCACUUAUGGUGCAGGUGAGUGGAGGUCAACUGAUCACCUCCUCAGGGCAGCCAAUCAUGGUACAGGCCAUGUCUGGAGGCCAGGGCCAGACCAUUAUGCAGGUGCCUGUGUCUGGAGCACAGGGAUUGCAACAGAUCCAGUUAGUGCAGCCAGGCCAGAUCCAGCUGCAGGGAGGGCAGACGCUGCAGCUGCAGGGGCAGCAGGGCCAGACCCAGCAGAUCAUCAUCCAGCAGCCCCAGACUGCUAUUACAGCAGGACAGAAUCAGCAGAUCACAGUUCAGGGCCAGCAAGUUGCUCAGACUGCUGAAGGCCAGACAAUUGUGUACCAGCCUGUGAAUGCAGAUGGCACUGUGCUCCAACAGGGAAUGAUCACAAUCCCUGCAGGCACACUGUCUGGAACACAGAUCGUUCAGGCAGCAGGGGGCGCCAACACUUCAACCACCAACAGUGGCCAAGGCACAGUUACAGUCACACUGCCAGUGUCUGGCAAUGUGGUUAGCGCAGGAGGAAUGGUCAUGAUGAUGCCAGGUGGAGGAGGCACAGUACCCACCAUCCAAAGGAUCCCUCUGCCUGGUGCUGAGAUGCUGGAAGAGGAGCCACUCUAUGUCAAUGCCAAACAGUACCACCGCAUCCUGAAAAGAAGACAAGCUCGUGCUAAACUGGAGGCUGAGGGCAAAAUUCCCAAAGAGAGGAGAAAAUACCUUCACGAGUCACGACACAGGCACGCCAUGCAGAGAAAGCGGGGCGAUGGAGGCCGCUUCUUUUCUCCCAAGGAAAAAGAAGAAAUGGCUCUAAUGCAGGUGAGGCGACAGGAACAGGCCGGAGUCAAACAGGAAGAUUUCCACAGAGCAAGCUCACACUGGCUACCUGAGCACAACAUGUCUCUUGCUUAGCUGCUGUUCUCUGCUCUCAUUGGCUGCCGAGCACUCCUCUCGCCUUGCUUAUGCACUCAUCGGACAACACUGUGUCCACCUCCAUCUCUUUUGAUUAGCUGAAACAUCGCUUUUCCUAAGUGUUUUUCACCGGUGCUUUUGUGCAUGUGUGUUUUGUUGCUUCAUCAGCAGUUUAAAACCAGACAUUUUAAAUGAAAUCUAAAGCCGGGAGAACUUAUUGUACAUACUGGUGAAAUAAGGUUCUAGCCAGCUUUGUAGCAGCCAAGGGCAUGCAGUCCUCUUCCAAUCAUUCUUUACAUCUGUGCUUUUAAAUACAGUGUUUAUGAUGAGAUUGUUUAAGAAAGGAAAACACUUAGCAAUUAGGAGCAUUUUGCAUUAGCAAUAAAAUUAUAUGCUGACAUUAAAUAUCAGAUAUGUUAUUUGGAAUAUCAAAAUAGGUGCUUAAAUACUUUGAGAUGUUUUUGUAUUAAAGCAUCUGGAAUCGUGUUACCUUUUAUUUAAAAAAAAAAAAAGUCAGAUUUACCAAUUACUGCUGCAUUCCUCUGUUUUAUUUCGUUCAUUUUUGUGAGCAUUCUCUUCAUAUGUUUUUUGCUUUGUACACUUUGCUUAUGCUCAUUUUUUUUGUUUUUGUUGCCAUGUGCUGUGAUUUUAUCCUUUUUUAAAUAAAUGACAGCAGUAAAAUGUUCAACAACUUCUUUUGGCUUCACAUAAAACUCAUUGUUCCUUCGUGU